AAGUUUUCGCGCCAACGCGCUGCAUUGUGGGGGACUGAUAACGGAAGUUGUUGUGUCCUGAACAAGUUGGUGGGCUGUGUUAUUUGGCAGUGGGAAAGAGGGGCGCUGUGUUUUGGUUUUUAGAUUUGAACUCAGGUUGAAAUUAUACCUGUCGCUGGUGCGGAUGCGGGGCGAAGAGUCUUCGGAUUCGGAGUCGAGCAGGAUGGAGGAGAGCUCGGUGCGGAGGAGUUUGGAGACGUUGUGUCAGGAGCUGAACAUGGACGAACAGACGGCCACAGAAGCCAUGGACAACUUUACUGCCAUAUGGAAUACAUAUACUCUGGAGGGAGAUGUUGUACACUGGCUGGCAUGUUCGCUGUAUGCAGCCUGCAGGAAGGGGUCCACUCCCACAGUGGGCAAAGGGCUGAUGGAGGGAAACUGUGUCUCGCUGACCAGGAUUCUUCGCUCCUCGAAACUCAGUCUGAUCCAGUUCUUCUCCAAGAUGAGGAAGUGGGCCGACAUGUCCAAGCUCUCGCAGGACUUCAGGCUCCGAAUGGAGCGCCUGGAACGCAACUUUGAGGUCUCCACGGUUAUUUUCCGCAAGUUUGAACCCAUCUUCAUGGACAUGUUUCAGAAUCCGCAGGGAACCGACCCGCCACGGCAACCACGCAGCAGGAAGCACAGUCUGGACUUGGUGUUUGGAAAUGCUCUGCUCUGUGCCAACAGGAAAGACCUCAUCAACCCGACGUUCAGAGGUCUGCCUGCUGCGUACCGUGCUGAUGGACAUAUUUCCUCUGAUGAGCCUCCUCCAUGCGUGUUGGAGAGAUUGUGCGAGCUCCACGACGGGCUGGUGGUGGAGGCGAAAGGCAUCAAGCAGCACUACUUCAAACCUUACAUACAGAAGCUGUGUCAGAAACAGAUCCUGAAAGGUCACGAUGAGCUUUUGACUGAACUCUUGGAUCCUCAGAACUUCAUCGAUAACAAUAAAGCCAUAAACAGGGAGUAUGAGGAGUAUGUGCUGACGGUGGGAGACUUCGAUGAGCGAGUGUUUCUGGGAGCCGAUGCCGACGAGGAGAUCGGAACUCCAAGGAAGAUCGUUCAGGAGCCACCUGCCAGCCAACAGCUGCAGCAACAUGUGGAGAAGAUCAUCCAUCCCCGCAUCAGGGAGUUCAGGUCCGGCCUGGGCAGCGCCCGUAAAGAUGUGCCUCCCUCUCCGCUGUCCGUACAUGACAGGUACAGCUCUCCUGCAGCUGGCAGCGCGAAACGGCGUCUCUUCGGUGACGACCCACCAGCUCCGUCACCAGGCCUGAACGCCGGCUUAAGCCCAAUGUCUUCUCCAGCAAAGAGACUGACCUUUGGCACAAGCAGCACCCUGAAGAUCGCAGGACAGGGGACACAAACCACCGUCCUGAGUAUCCCACUGCCAGGUACAAAUAACACUGACCGCACCAUCACGCUGAUCCCGGUUCAGGCGUGUGAUUCUUCUGCUCCCAUCACGGCUCAGUUCCUGCUGACCGCCUCCCCGAGCCGGCCCACCGCCGUUGCCACGACCUCUGAUACCCAAGCAGGAAAUGGACGACCGAGACGCACAGGAUCACUCGCUCUCUUCUUCAGGAAGGUGUAUCACCUGGCUAGCGUACGUCUGAGGGAUUUGUGCGUGAAGCUGGACAUCUCGUCCGAUCUGCGAGGGAAAAUCUGGACUUGUUUCGAGCACUCUCUGGUCCACUGUACCGAUCUGAUGAAGGACCGGCACCUGGACCAGCUGCUGCUGUGCAGCAUUUACAUCAUUUCCAAAAUCACCAAAGAGACUCACACCUUCCAGGACAUCAUGAAAUGUUACCGCAGCCAGCCGCAGGCCAACAGCCACGUGUACCGCAGCGUCUUACUGCGUCGCACUCCCAGAGAGCAGGUGGCUGAUGAAAACAUGGAGGUGGAUCCUGUUUCGGGUGGAGAAUCUGCAGAGAAAACCAAUCAGCACUUGGGAGACUUAAACUGCAGCCAAUCAGGAGGGGAGGAGGAGCGUGGUGACCUCAUCCAGUUUUACAACACUGUGUACGUCCUGAAGAUGAAGAGCUUCGCUCUGCGAUACGCCACCAGCGAUAACCGGGCGGACGCUCCUCCUCUCUCUCCGUUUCCGUCGGUCCGGGCUCAGCCUCUGUCUCCUCGCCGGAUCUCUCAGCGACACUCGCUCUACGUCUCCCCUCACAAGAACUCAGCAGGCUGUCUCACGCCGAACUCCUACACCUACAGGAUAAACAGCAGCCCGUCUAAGCACUCGCUCUACGUCUCCCCUCACAAGAACUCAGCAGGCUGUCUCACGCCGAACUCCUACACCUACAGGAUAAACAGCAGCCCGUCUAAGGAGCUGUCAGACAUCAACCGGAUGAUCCGGCAGGGCUGCGUGAGCAGGAAGAGAGCCUUCAACAUGGAGGGGGACGUCAUGAUGUCGUCGGCAUGCGACUCCCCGAGUAAGAGGGCGUGUCCGGAGAACGGCAGCAGCCCAGAUGUGCUGCUGAAGCGCCUCCAGGAUGUCGUGUCGGAGCGGCAGAGUCACUGAUGGGCCGACAGAGGGACAGAAACUCAAACCUGAAACAAAGUAAUGAAGCAUUAAGAUUAACGGCUCCUCAGGUUCAAAAAGAAAAAUCCAGCGACACACAGAGACGUGUUUGAUUUCAGGAAACGUAAAGCUAAGGUGCCUGUUUUAUGUCUCACAUUUGAUUUUAAUCCAAGGGCACAAGACACCGAAC